AUGAUGCCAAUGGCGAAUGAUGAUGCUCAACCACUAAUGGUUACUGUGAUCUUACUUGUCUACCAUAAGGCGUCUCGCUCCGCCGGCUUGUGGAAGAGCUUCAUGGCGGCGUUACAUUCUGUCAGAGCAAUCAUUAUCACCUUCGAAGAUGCUUCAUCCGCCGGGCCAAGCUCGCAGAAUCCUCUACAUGCCGCCGUCUUCCGAAGCUUACAGAUGGUUCACCUUCUACUACAAUGGAAGCCAGAAUUGGCCGUCCAAGUCGACUGCAAUGGCAGCACUCCGCUCCAUUUCACGGUGUCCGACGGCAACCGUAAAAUCGUACGUGCAAUCCUGGCCACGGCGCCACCUGGCACGGCGUACAUGAAGGACUCAGAUGGCCUCUCCGCUCUCCACGUCGCGGCUCGGCUGGGCCACGGCGGCAUCGUCGAGGAGCUGACAGGGUUCUACCCAGACACCGCCGAGCUGCGCGACGGCCGCUGCGAGACCUUCCUGCACGCCGCGGCCAGGGAGAGGCGCUCGUCGGUGGUGUCCCUAGACAUCAAGAACCCCAUAAUGAUGGGUGGCCUCGUGAAUGCGCAGGACGCCGGCGGGAACACGCCGCUCCACCUCGCCGUGGUCGCCGGCGCGCCUGACAUUGUGGAGGCCCUGCUCCGGGAGGGGAAUGUGCAAACUGAUGUCUUGAAUGACGAUGGACACACGCCGCUUGAUCUCGCCUCAGAAUCAAACAGUUUGUUCAAUAUGGUGAGCAACCAUAAACCAAGCAUGCCCAUUUACUAUGUUAUUAGUUACUCCUUUGUUGUGACAUUGGUCACAUUCGGAGCACAGGCCCAGCCACAAAGGAACGACCAUCUGAAGCCGUCGAGCGGCCAUGACAUGGCGAGUGGUAUCGAGAAGACAUCCGACAGCCUCGCAUUGGUGGCUGUUCUCAUUGCCGCCGCCGUCUUCGCCGUCGGGUUCAACAUGCCCGGCGGGUACGGGGACGACGGCACGGCCAACCUCAGGGACAACAUCUCGUUCAAAUACUUCAUGGUCCUCGACACCUUCGCCAUCACCACGUCAGUGGUCGCCGUCAUCCUGCUCGUAUACGGGAAGACGGCGGCGGCGGCGCACCUCGCCGUCUCGUGGAAGAGCUUCGUGGUGACGCUGCAGUGCAUCUGGGUCUCGCUCGUCAGCCUGAUCCUGGCCUUCUUCUCCGCCAUCCAUGCCGUCGUCAUCGCAACCUCGAGCUCGAGGACGGUCUUGAUCACCAUGUUCUUGGUCAUCUAUGUGUGCUUCAACGCCUUGAUUUUGUGGAUCGAGAAGUGGAUUGAUCCUGCAGCGACGACGUAUCGCGCGGUUUGGAGGUUCGUGUGGCGUGGUCGCCAUGCUCACGCCAUCAAGAGGCGAUAUCCGUUCCUCGGCGACUCCCUAUACAGCUUGCUUAUCUUCUCGGUUAUAAUUAUAAAUAUCACAGCAUUUGUCGUUCUGGUUGUGGUGUAUUAUUUCGAUGUGAGAAGAUUGUCGAACAAUUGAUGAUUGUGAUAUGAAACUAAGCUCAUAUAUCAAUG